ACUGACGGCGUUCAUCAGAGGGACAACACACGGGCGGGCAUGGUCACAAAAGAGGCAAUGUCUGAGGCGGUCAAGCGGCUGAAAGGCGAGUACUUGGUGCGUGCCAUCGACGUGCACCGCAUGGACCAGGCCAUCAUCUUCUGCCGCACCAAGCUGGACUGCGACAAUCUGGAGCAGUAUCUGAAUGUAUGCGGUGGUGGUGGCCGUUCCAACAAGUACUCCUGUGUGUGCCUGCACAGUGAUCGCAAGCCACAGGAACGCAAGGCCAACCUGGAACAAUUCAAGGCUGGCCAGGCAAAGUUCUUGAUCUGCACGGAUGUUGCUGCACGUGGUAUCGACGUCCGUGGCGUACCGUUCAUGAUCAACGUGACUCUUCCGGAUGAGAAGCAGAACUACAUUCAUCGUAUCGGCCGUGUAGGCAGAGCAGAAAGGAUGGGACUGGCUAUUUCUCUUGUGUCAACGGUUGAGGAAAAGGUUUGGUAUCACAAGUGUCCAAGCCGUGGCAAGAGCUGUAACAACACCCGCCUGGUGGAGCAAGGUGGAUGCACUAUCUGGUACAACGAGGUCAAGUUGCUACGCGAUGUGGAGGCCCAUCUUGACAUCACCAUCCCACAGGUCGAGGCUGACUUGAAGGUUGAGCAGAAUGAAUUUGAUGGCAAGGUCACGUACGGACAGAAGAAGAAGCCGAGCAGUGCCAGUGUGUACGAUAAUCAUGUUGAGCAGCUGGCAUCAUCCGUUGCCGAUCUCUCACGGCUCGAGAAUCAUGCGCAAUCGUCGUUCCUGCGAAUGCGCUACAUGACGAACUGGACCAAGUGAAUAAGGAUGACGGCUUGAAUCAUGACGGUUGGAUCAUGAUGGCAUUUUUUGAAGCAAGCCAUUUCCCUCUCUACUCUCCUGCUGUAGUUUAAAUCCGUUCUGGUAGUACUGCGAGCCUCUCAGGGUGCUGUGCACUGGGCGUGUGUGUACGCACUGGGCGUGUGCCAUGCACUUGG